UAAUCAAAUUAAUCAUGAAUAAUGUUUUUCUUUCUUUUCUUGAUAAUUAACUGAUUGAAAUUUGAAUUAAAACUAAAUUUUGUUUUUGUUAUCAUUCCAAUACAUUCGCAGUUUUUUUUCUAGAAUAGUAUUCUUUAUAGGAAAUGAUAGCGAUUUUUCGCUUCCUUUUUCGAUAACAUGUUUCUGAUGAAGGAAGAAAAGUUAUAUCGACACAUUAUUCGAUUUACAGCAUUGGUAAUAGUUUUCAAUUAUAUUUCAGAAAUUAUUCUACACUUUUAGGAAGUAAAAAUGUAAAAAAUUGAUCAAGUGCUCGAAGCAUAUUACUAAUAAUAAUCAUAACAUGCUAAUAUAUAUUACGUUUUUUUAAUAUGAAAGUAAGAUUUAAUGCAAUGGUAAAUUAUUCAAAUAUACACUGUGUAUUUAUGUAUAUAUUUAAUCACUCAUAAAAGCAAAACACGAUUCAUUCAAACCGUUAUUUUUUAUACAAAUCAUUUUUAAACUAUGAGAUUUACAAACUCAAUUAUUGUUCUAAGUAAGUUUUUGAAUUAUCAAGAUUAUAAUUGCGUUUUAUCGUAUCUUGAGAAGUACUGAUGUGUCACACAAAAUUCAUAAACUUUUUCUCGAAAUUUUCUAACAUCGUUGAUAGCCAUAUGAUAUUGCUGAAUAAGAGAUUACGAAUGAGACAUAAUAUCAGUUUUAAUUCUUAUCGAUAUUUCUUUUCUUUAUUAAGGUAUAAUUUUCUACCUCAGCUUUUGGUGCUUGUAUGUUUCUGCACAAGGUCAAAACAUAUGUCUUGGUUCAUCUAUACCAGAAGGAUAUGUCAUUACAAGAUUAAAUCCUCAUGGCUGUGGUAUAAACAAUGUGCAACAGUACAUUGAACCAGUUAGAAAUGGAGUGGAAAUUUGUCUUGGAUCUCCUCUUCCAACUGGAUAUGUCAUUACACGAUUAAACAGAAAUGGUUGUGGAGGUGUGGGUCAGUAUAUUGAGUUAGUACGUGAUGGAAUGCAAAUUUGUCUGGGUUCUCCAUUACCAGAUGGAUAUGUGAUAACUCGAUUAAAUCCAAAUGGAUGUGGUGGUGUUGGAAGAUAUAUCGAGAAGGCACGAAGUGGAAUGCAGAUCUGCCUUGGCUCUCCUAUACCACAAGGAUAUGUCGUUACUCGUGUUAUUCCAAAUGGUUGUGGUGGUACUGGACAAUAUAUUGAGCUUCUUAUCGGUGGCCGAUAA